UUGUUUAAUGAUUUCAAGCGUCUACUGCGAUUGACUACAACAACAACAAUAACCGGAAGUGUUCCCCACGUCAAAAUGUUGGCAACUAAAAUUUCAUUUUAGUAAUGACAGAUCAUGAAACUGAGGAAACUAUGGAGGGCCGACAUUGGACACGGACAGAGAAGAAGCAGUGGAUGAUAGGGUUAUUUUGUGGCUGUGCUACUUUGUAUGCUUGUAGAACUGUUAUGCCAUUAUGUGCUGUACCGAUUGCAAAAGAAUUAGGAUGGGACAAAACAGAGUCGGGGUCUGUUUUGUCAGCAUUUUUCUGGGGAUACACCAUGACACAGUUUCUGGGAGGGUAUUUGAGUGAUCGUGUGGGUGGAGAUGUUGUGUUGCCUAUAGCAGCAUGUUGUUGGUCCCUAGUCACAUUCUGGACACCCCAGCUGGCUUAUAUCUCAGAUGAUAAAUUUCUCACUUUGAGAAUCAUCAUAUUUUCACGUGUUUUACUGGGUGUCUUUCAGGGUUUUCACUAUCCUGGUUUUAGUUCUCUUAUAUCUCGGAAGAUUCCGGAACAAGAACGUUCCCUUACAUACAGUGUUGUUUGCUCUGGGUCACAUUUGGGAACAUUGCUGUGUGGAAGUUUGGGUUCAAUUAUCAUGGAAACAUAUGGUUGGCAAACAGUGUUUUAUUUUCUUGGUAUAUCUGGACUAGCUUGGAUGUUAUGUAUGAGAUAUAUUUUAAUAAAUCGUCAUAGACUGAAAUAUAUACCAAUGACUGUUAUAGAGAAGAGGGAUAUACCUCCAGUAUCAACCAAAGAUUCAUCAUCUACACCAUGGGUUACCUUAUUCUUUAAACUCUCAUUCUGGUCAAUGCUUGUUGGUCAUUUUUGUGAAAACAAUGCUUUUUUCAUUCUCCUUUCAUGGUUGCCUACAUAUUUUCAUGAAAAUUUCCCAGAUGCUAAGGGCUGGGUUUUCAAUGUUAUACCUUGGGUAGUUACUAUACCAAGUUCUAUAUUUGGUGGCUGGUUAGCAGAUUUUAUGAUAACAAAAGGGUAUAGUGUAACAUUUGUUAGAAAAUUUAUGAAUACUAUAACAAUGUUAGGUACAGCAUUUUUCCUAGUUGUAAUCUCAUACACAUCAUCAUAUCUUGGAGCUCUAGUCUGUAUGGCAUUAGCUGUAUGUUGCUGUGGCUUUCAUAACAGUGGAAUCCUAGUUAAUCCUCAAGAUAUUGCCCCGAAACAUGCAGGAUCAGUGUUUGGUAUAAUGAAUAUGGCAGGGGCAAUCCCAGGAUUCAUUGGUGUAUAUAUGGCGGGCCAUAUAUUAGAAGUGACAAAGAGUUGGAGUGCUGUAUUUAACCAGACUGCAGCAGUGUCAGUGUUUGGAUGGGUUGUUUAUACACUGUUUGGAACAGGAAAACAAGUCAUAUGAUAUAUCACGCAAAAUAUAAUGCAAAUUUGUGAUUCAUUGAGGAUCAAGAAGUCUUCAGCGCAAAAAAAAUCCUGGUGAAAAAAAGGAAAGGACCAAAAGUUAAAAUAGGAAAGGACCAAUGUUACUUUUGGCAUGAGAUGUUGCAUGUUCUGUACAGGGAAUGAACUGAGUAUUGUUGGUCAAUAUGUUGUUAAGACAUACUAAAGCAGUAUUCUUUGUAUAGUGACUGUUAAUGAUACAGGUCCAGUUGAUAACAAUAUAUACUAUUAUAAUUCUAAUCACAUUUAUUUAUAGACAAUAUUUGUCUUUCACUACACUUGUUUUGGUGAUAUUGAUAGUAAUAAUAAUUAUAGGAAGACUGUUUUUCCUCAUAGAACAAUACAGAGCAAGAAGGUCCUUUUGUACAAACUGCUGGCUUCAUUUUGAAAUACUCUUUUACCUUCAUUUAAUUUAUCAGUAAACAGUAAACCUGCUAACAUGGAGUUCAUAAUUUAGAUUUUUUUUAUAAAUGCAUUCUAUUACAUUUCCUUCCUGAAACUGCAUGUCAUAUGUUAUUUUAUUAGCUCACAAAUGUUCAAACUGCUCAUUUUGAAAUGAUUUGAUGAGUACUGUGAUUGCCCUGCAUCCAUUGGCAACAUUUUUCUUCACAUAUCAUCACCCCCACUUAAACGCAUUGGCCAAUAAUAAUAAAACUGUACAGAUAUGAUCUUUGUAUGGUCCCUUAUAAAAAUGUUUAAAUAGUUCUGAUCUGUUGAGUAAAAUUUCCUUGAAUCUUUCUAGAAUGCUGAAAAGGUAGCCCACCAGAGCUAAAAAUACAAUGACCUUUUAACAAGGUCUGCACCAUAAUCAUGCUUCCGAUUUUGAUGAAACUACAGGAAAGAUCAUCAGGUGGUCCUUUAUGAAAAUUGCUUAUAUCAUUACGGUCUGUUGAACAAGAUGGCUACUAGAGCUUAAGAUAGAAAUAAGCUGAAAAUUUAAAUGAAACUGUUAAAAAAUUACUGUUGGCUUCACCAUUGUACUUUGUACCAGUGCCUAAAAUCAUUUAGAUAUGAAAAAGAGAUUGUCUUCAUAGCGUUAACUAAGCAAUUUUAAAUGAAAUUCAUAAAUAAUUAUCAUUGGGUGGAACUAAACAAAAAUUUAUAUAAUAAAUUAUUUUAAACAGGAUGGGGCUUGCUGAAUGCUAAAUAUAGUAGAAGUUUGGCAGAUUUUGAUAAAACUAAAAAUAAAUGACCUAAUAAUGAAGUUUUGUCCAUGUUAACAAUAAACUAAAGUGAGUGAUUUAAGAGUCACUAAAUUUGUCAAAUCUGUGCUGAAGGUGGGCGUCUGCUACAAGUCUAUAAUUAUGUAAGACGACAUAUCACCUUUUUGGCAUUAAUCUUUGAAAAUUUUAGUCUUUGAUACAUGUACUACCGGUAUAUUAUUUUAUUUCUAGUCAAUCAAUGAAGUUGAUUUGAUUGAAAUAUAAGCUUGUAUAUUAUUUGAGAUUCAUAAUGUUUGGAACACAUGUUUAAUUAUCAAGCCAAUAGAAGAUUAGCACAUGUACAACAACCCAUUAUAAAUGCUAUUACACACCAAUUUUCAUAAACAUUAUUAGUCAAUGUAUGACUUGUGUAUAGCUUAUUUUAACUUAUUUUAAUGUAGGGUCUAUAGAUGAUGGUAAAGCAGGUGCUUUGUAAGGGUAUUCAAUUGAAUUGCCAUUAUUUAAAUGGAACAAAAUAAUUGCCAUUUUUGCAGCAACAGUUUUUAUUUGAGCAAUAAUUGAUCAGUAUGUUGUUUCUCAUAUCACUACCAUAGUUGAGUCAUCAGUGACCUCAGGUAUAUCUUAAUAUAUUUAGAUGUUAAUACUGAUUAAAACUUACAAAAUAUGUACAAGAACAUUGUACAGAUCUAUAGAUUUGAGAUUUAUUAUGUUUCAUUGCUGUUUUUAAGUAGGUCUUCUAAAACUAUUACAUUUUUAACAGAUAAUUGUUUACUUAUAAGAAAGUGCUUAUUUUUUGUGAAACUUCGCAAUUUUGACAUCUUAUGUUGUUUCAAAAGGUUUUGUUUGUUUUGAUAUUAACAAGAAAUCCACCUUAUUUUAUAAUAUUAGCUUUAUAAAAUGUUUUGAUUGUGUGUUGAUUGAUUGAUUGAUUGAUUGAUUGAAAUAUUGAGGUAUAUAUUGAGGAAAUAUCACCAUCACCAAACAUGUCCAGUGAAAAGGAAUAUGAUGGUACCCCAAUGUGAUCACUUCUUCACAUAUUCUGUGCAAAAUUGUUUAUAUUAUGAUAUUAAGUUCAACUUUUUGGGCUGUCUUACUCUUUGGUAUGUGAGUAACACUUAAUUUUUGAGUGCAACUUAAAUCUCACUGAAGAAAUUCAUGUGUCUGUGAAAUCAAACAUGAAGGUCUAUUUCUAAACACCAUGAUCUAAAAGUCUUGUUAUCUUAUUAGUGCUAAACAGGUGUUCUGUUUAUGUCUUGUAUAUAAAGCUAUCACUUGAUAUUGGUUGUGAAAUUGUUUGCAAACUUAAAUUGCUUUGGAAGAAACUAUUUAUCUCUUGGUAUUGUUUAGUUUUUGUUGUAAUGAUUCUAUUUUUAACUCUUUCCAUGUUGAUUUUUAUGUAAAUAGGACUACCUUGUAUACUUUGAUUUUCUUACCUGUUUGUGGUAUGAUAUACAGAUGAUUAUUAUCUAUCUUGUUGGCUAUAGAGUACAGUCAAAAUACAAUGGUGUUUAUGCUGACUGGUCUCUACACUUGAUGUAGUUAGCUAGACAAUUCUACAACUGCACUGAAAAGUUAAUGCAAUAUUUACUAUUUUGUCAGAACAGUAGCUUGGCAGAAAUAUAGGUUACUUACAUAUAAAUGAUUUCAUAAUUUAACAGACAUGGUAGAUUUCAUCAUUCAAGUGGAAAAGCUAGUCAGCUUUGGACGUUAAUCGGACCUGGGUUUUACCUACAGUGCAUACUUAUUGUAAACUUGCACUAAUUUAGAUAAAAACUUUUUUUAAGCUUUAACUCCUAACAAACUAUUGCAAUUAGAUAUGUGUACUUUAUUUAGUAAGUUACCGAAUCAUGUUAAAAAGUUCCUUACAUUUGAUUUGUCUUCUUCUAUUAAUGUUUGCUCAAAAUUAGCUUUGAUAAAAGAAAUAACAGCAUAUUUUUUUAUAAAAAACAUUAAUGAUUGGAACUUAGAAGUCGCAGACUGCAAAUGUUUUUAAUACUAAAAGUUAUAUGUUUUGCGUAUGCUUCUGUUUUAUUAAAGAUGUAUUAUUGUCAAUUAUGUAAAAAUAGUUUAUUUAAAGGUUAUACAUUUCAUUAUCUACUUCUUUAUAACUAGUCUCAAUUCUUUUUAUAAAAUUAUGUAGAAGAAUAUAUAAAAAAAGGUUUUGAAAGGUUUUUACAAACAUUUACUGUCAAUCUGGUGAAAAACUAGCAUUUCACCAAAUAUUCCAUUUGAAUUUUGAACAAUAGGUGCCAGUUGUGUCAGUCCACCUGUUAAGAAAGACAACUCUCUUCAUUUUAGCAAGUUUGGUUCUGCUAGUAAGAUUUGAUUAUGCAUUGAAUUAAAACUAAGUUUUGUUAGGUAUGAUUAAUUUACAUACCUUCAAGUUAAGUUGAUAUAUAGUAUUUACUAUAUGCAUUAGUUAGGAACACCUACAUGUACAAGUAUUCCUGUGAGUAAACAGCAAAUUUUUUAAAGAUAUAAUAAUAUUACUUUUCCAGGCUGAUUCAGUAAAUGAAAUGGCUGUGUUAGUGCUAGUAUUGAAAUACCUAGAUAAUUUGUUCUUACUUUGAAUAAUUUUCCAUGCGGUAAUAUGGAUUUUAGCUUUCAAAGUAUUAGUAUAUGACCUAUGACUGCAGGUAGAUGACAUCAGUUCAGUCAAUUAUGUAAGAAUAUGCAUGUAUUCCUCAAGUUACUAAAUUAAUUCAUAAAUAACAUUCUGCCAUGUUGAAAAUAAAAAUAUGUGUGCAAUAUUUACAUAAUAAAAUAGUAAAACAUUUAAAAGUAGACUGCAGUUUGUGUAGAACAAUUGCUUAAAAAUUUAAAACUUGCCAAAGUUCUGUUAAUGUUGCACAUAUAUUUAACAGAUCUGUUACAUAUAAACACAUAUGUUAUUUUUUUACAAUGUCUCAUAUUGUAAUAUAUUAUCUCUGCUAGUAAUAGCAAUCAUUGUAUGAUAUUGCCAUUCUAUAUGUAUAUAUACACUAUGUGUAAGAAAAGUUGUUCAUAAAAUUAAUGACUUGUGACCAAAAAAUAAUAAAAGAAAAACUAUUUUGUAAA